AAAGCAGUCCGAUCAAAAUACCAAACAGGCCCUUAGGCGCAUUAUACAUGUUAUUCUGUUAUUCUGUGGAAGACCCAGAGACGCAGAUAAGUACAGUGAAAGGAAGAGAUCAUGAAGAGAGUUCCACGCAUUAAAUUCCCACAAAGACACAAACAAUCCCCAUCUUCAGGUUCUGCCUCCCAAUCUACAUCGACAAAUGGGAGCACUGAUAAAAAUCUCAGUUCAAGGUCAAGUUCAGAUGUUCCAGCACCACCUAUAAACACUGCUGUGGGAGGAAAAGCUUCUCUUCAGCCAAAACGUACACCCGUCUCUGAGAAGGAGAUAGAGGCCAUUCUGUUGGGAGGUUGCUUCUGAUCUUAGGAUUGGUAUGCUGUAUUGAGGAAAUGCAAUCUGCAAUAAAAAACUUCUAAGGGAAUCUUUAGCAUUUUCAUAUUUGCAUGUGAAGAGGUUGUAAUCUCUUUUAUUCCUUUAAUCAUAAAUCUUAUCGAUGCUUAUGAAGGAUAUAUAUGUUUUCUGAA